AUGGCGCCAGAUCAAGUUCCCUUUGGUCUCGCCACCAUCGCCAAUGAGCAUAGUGACCUCGAGACUGCGCUGGUUUUGAAACAGUGGGCUUACCCGCUGUCAGCGCUCGACGAGUCUUUCCAUGGACGGAGUAUGAUGGAUCUUCUCCAAGAAUGGCCUUCGUCUUGGAAGUCUCUUCAACGACUAGCAUCAGAUCUCAACGAUGAAAAUGUACCUGAAACUGAACAUACGCGCAUUCAAAUGGAGAACGUCAAUUUUGACACACCUAUUCGCUACCCCAACAAGCUGCUCGCCGUGGGAGCCAACUAUUGUAGCCACUUGGAAGAGAUGGGCCUGCCUGCCGAGAAAUGGGAUCCCUUGCCAUUCUUCAGCUGUCCUCCUACCAGCUCGAUCGUUGGGCCUGGUAAGACAGUUCCAAUGCCACCGGGGACAGAGAAGUUUGAUUGGGAAUGCGAGUUGACGGUCAUCAUCGGCAAACGAACCCAGAAUGCAACCCCAGAGGAAGCACGGGACGCUAUAGCAGGCUACACAAUCGGUCUUGAUCUUAGUUGCCGUGACCUGUUUCAGACAGGUCCUCAGGGUUUGACUGAUAUCAUACGAGGCAAAGCACAACCUGGAAUGAAGCCUUGCGGUCCUAUAUUCUGGCCCAAGGAGUGCAUUGGAAAUUUUGAUGAUGCACCCGUCAAGUUGUGGCUCAACGGCCAAUUGAUGAUUGAUGGCAGUACGACUGAAAUGAUUCAACGUCCAGAGGAAUGUUUAUCUGAGAUCAGUCAAAUUUUACCUCUUGAUCCCGGAGAUAUGAUCAUGACUGGAACGCCCGCUGGUGGCGCGAAAUCACACGGGGAUAGGUGGCUUAGGAAAGGGGAUUGCAUCAAAGCACAGAUUGGUGAUAUGCAAGCGCUGGAAGUGGAAGUCUAUUGA